AAAAAAAAAAGCCGUUAAAAAUAACCACAAAAACGACCUCCAAGUCCAAACAGACUGCUUACAGUGCACCAGUGUUUGGUUCCUCCAGCUUGGGAGAGACGGAAAGCAAAUCCUAUCAUGAGCGCAUGUUUUUGUUCCUCACUGAUUCGUCCCUCACCUCAGUUUCACGAAUCCUAUCUUCGAUGGCUAUCCGUAAGCCCUAAUCCCCAAAAUUUCCCUCUCAUUCACAGAAAGUAUCCUAAGAUCUCGACGAGAAUCUUUGCCAGAGUUCUGCAACAAGGCAUCGGGGUCGUAUCCCCCGACGACGUAUCGUUGAAUAACCCAGUGGUUGAUGAUACCAAAGAAGAGGAAGGAAAAGAAGUUGUCCAUGGAGCACUCGAUGGAGUCGCAGAUGCCAAAUCCGAAGAGAAGGUCCGUGGUUCUUCGAAUAGGGUUAAGAAGAAGGCCGAAGAAGAUGAAGGAUCAGAUAGGUUUAAGCUUCGGAACGGAAGGGAGGUUUUUGAAGAGAAAGCGUACCUUGUAGGAGUUGAGCGCAAAGGUGAUAUAAAGGACUCAUUUGGUAUAGAGGAUUCAAUCAAGGAACUUGCCCAGCUAGCUGACACUGCUGGGCUUAUGGUCGUUGGUUCUACAUAUCAAAAACUAGCUUCUCCAAACCCAAGGACAUACAUUGGAUCCGGAAAAGUAGCGGAGAUCAAGAGUGCAAUUCGUGCUCUGGGAGCGGAGACUGUAGUAUUUGAUGAUGAGCUUUCAGCGGGGCAGUUGCGUAAUUUGGAGAAGGCUUUUGGUGGAGAUGUUAGAGUUUGUGACCGCACAGCGCUCAUCCUGGAUAUCUUUAACCAGAGGGCAGCAACACAUGAAGCAGCUUUACAAGUUGCAUUGGCACAAAUGGAGUAUCAGUUACCUAGAUUAACAAAAAUGUGGACUCAUCUUGAGCGUCAAGCAGGAGGAAAGGUUAAAGGAAUGGGUGAGAAACAAAUUGAAGUGGAUAAGCGUAUCUUACGUACUCAAAUCGGUGCUCUCAAGAAGGAGUUAGAAUCCGUUAGAAAACAUAGAAAGCAGUACAGAAGUAGGCGUGUUUCUGUACCUGUCCCAGUGGUGUCUUUGGUUGGUUACACGAAUGCUGGAAAGAGUACACUUUUAAAUCGAUUGACAGGAGCUAACGUGCUUGCCGAGGAUCAGUUAUUUGCAACACUUGAUCCAACUACUAGAAGAGUUCAGAUGAAGAAUGGGAAAGAGUUUCUUCUCACGGAUACAGUUGGUUUCAUUCAAAAGUUACCGACUACACUGGUUGCUGCCUUCAGAGCAACAUUGGAGGAGAUAUCUGAGUCAUCACUGUUGGUGCAUGUGGUGGACAUCAGUCAUCCCCUGGCUCAGCAACAGAUAGAUGCUGUGGACAAAGUCCUAUCAGAGCUGGAUGUGUCUUCAAUUCCAAAGUUGAUGGUCUGGAACAAGGUUGAUAGGGUUAGUGAACCGCAAAAAAUUAGGUUAGAAGCAGAGAAGAGAGAUGAUGUUGUUUGCAUAUCUGCUUUGAAUGGCGAUGGCCUGCUUGAAUUUUGUGAUGCAGUUCAGGAAAAAUUGAAGGAUUCUAUGAUAUGGGUUGAAGCCUUGAUCCCUUUCGAAAAUGGGGAGCUUCUUAGUACCAUCCAUCAGGUUGGAAUGGUGGAGAGAACUGUAAGUACAUUGAGGAUGGAAUACUCAGAAAAUGGGACAUUGGUCAAGGCACACGUUCCCCUUCGGUUUGCAAGGCUACUUACACCAAUGCGGCAAUUGUGUAUAACAUGAUCGCAAUUUUCUUUGAUGACCUGUAUAGCAUCAAGAAGGGUUUUUUAGUAUUGUUCCUGAGCAGAGAAGUUUUGUACUGUUUCAACAAGUGAAAGAACAGCUUUUGCCCUGAGAGGAGAAGAUGGGAGAAUGUAAUUAUUCUGUAUAUAUUUUAUAGUAAUAUUACUCUGUUCAACAACCAACUCUUACCCCUUUUUUUUAGAAAACAGAUUAGAAACUAGUAGUUAAUUACCCGCUGUAUUUAAGAAUAAUUUUGUGACUCAUAUACUUAAAACACUUAAUUAAACCGAGGCUUUUAAGCAGCUCCUCGAAAUCUGGCAGGAGUUUUGAUGA